GAUGCCCCUUCCGGAGGGACAUGCCCGCGCGUUGCCCUCGGACGCGUCUGUUCCCUGGGGCCGGCCGGGGGCGAGGGGCAGCGAAAGGAGCCGGGUUGCGGGGCGGGUGCCUCGUUGUCUUGGGGAUGGGCCACUUCGGGGGCUCAUCAUUACCUUGAAGCGGAGGGCAGAGAGGAAAUGAAGCACUGGUGGAAGGGGAAGGGCAGGUUGAGAAGGCACAGAAAAUACCCUUUUCCCUCGGAUUUGUUUUAUUGGGAAAAGCCCAAAGACGGCAACAACCUUACUAGGAUUUAAGAGACUGUCACCAAAUCGCGAGCGAGUGGUCCAGGCUGGAUUUUGUGGCUAUAUUUCGUUUCACAUCCUUUCUGCGCAGGGUCUAGAGGCUGGAGCAGGGGGUUAGCAUCUUUUUGUAUGGUUGCUCCAUCGAAGGUUGGGAAAGGCAACGAGAUCCCCUUGCCCUUCAGUGUAUUCAAGAUCAUGUAACACGGAUACCCCUUUUCAUACAGACUGUGAACUUACGGAGCAGAGUGCCCGGCUUCCUAUUUGCUCCCCUCUGUUCCUAAAUUCGUAGGGGCCGUUUAUAGAUCAGAUAAAUGGCAUGGAUAUAUGAGGCGCACACACACAGAGAGAGGGGAGGUUGUCUGAAAAGGACUUAUGUCAGCUUUUCUUGAGGAAGCUUUCCUUAGUAGACACAAGUUAAAAUUCAGCAGGAGACGUUUUCUUCUUUUUUCACCUCUGUGCUCACUUGCUCAGGUUUUAAAAGUCCCAAGGCCAGGACUGAGCAUUAUGGCAUACAGUGGCUUAGCACGUGAGUUUUGAACAUAUGAACAUUUGUUCAUAAGUUCAGAGGCAAACCAUUCUCUUCCUCAGCCCACCCACCCAGUUUAUGGUCCUCUGAUUACAAGAUCAACCUGCCUUAAAGUUUGUUACAAAGAUUACUAAGAAACACUUUGAACAUUUUCAACUGUUGUAUUAUUAGAGAGUUACUCUUCCAGGGAAAACCUUCAUAAGUGAGUUGAAUAGUGGUAGUAGGAUGCUUGUAGAUCAUUUUCACAAGUUAUCUGUGUGUCAUAGUAGGACAACCUCUUGUAGAAUAUGUUGUUCUCUGUGAAUACCUCUUGCAGCGGUCCACUGUUCAGUUUCUAAAAUAAGAAGUCUUGAAUCUCUGACUUGCCUGGAGGAUUAGCUUUUUGCCUGAGAAGUUCUUGAGGUCACAUGAUGCUAAUUUUUACCAAUAUUAACUGCCAAUUUGAUGCUCCAGCAUGUACCACAUUGUGUUGUUAGAGCUACCACAGAGGCCUCCCAGGAACAUGCAGGCCCUGAGGUAAUGAAGCCCUUCAGUGAGGUUGGAAAGAAAUUGUUGUACCAAGUCAUCCAUCUGGAUGUGGGAGCUUUGAAGGGGGAGAGAGAAUAUUCAGAAUUGGUAAACGGAUUUGCAUGGGGUUCAAAACUAAGCCAACUUCUGAAAUAAUAUCCCUGAACUUGAAUAGAUGGCUCUUCAGCAGCAUCUGCAUGCUUUUAAUAUCUCCCCAGUGGAGGAUAGGAGAUUGUGUCUAAAUGGAACACCCUGGAUUUGGCAUCUUCUUGAAGAAUGUGUUGGGAACGCGUGGGAGUAUUGGAGUGUUGUCAUAGGCCUGAUCUCCAUUGUCUGUUUUCUGUUUGCUGCACUACCUCAACUUUAUGUUGCCUAUAAGAAUGGAAAAGUGGAUCAAGCCCUUUCAUUGGGCUUUUUGGUGUGCUGGAUUUCAGGAGACCUCACUAAUUUUAUUGGGUGCUAUUUGACAAAUCAACUUCCAAUACAGAGUAUCACUGCCAUUUUUUACAUUAACAUGGAUGUAAUUAUGAUAUCCCAGUUUGUCUACUAUAAACUAAAGAAUCAGAAGGUGGCAAAAUGUGGUAUAAACUUGAAGAAUUGCUGUAUAGCCUGGGUCUUGAUGUGCAUAAUACUGUGUCUGUUUUUACCCAGUCAGCUACUGCUAGGAAAGCAAGCCCAGGCUACACUUCUAGGAACAAGUGAGAAGUCUCAUGGCAUGAUGGAGAUGUCAGGCUUUAUUUGUGGAUAUAUCUCAUGUGCUUUUUACUUGGGUUCUAGAAUUCCUCAGCUAUAUAAAAAUUUCCAAAGAAGAUCCACAGAGGGCACAUCUUAUCUGUUGUUUGCUUUAGCCAUGAUGGGGAAUUGUACCUAUGGUCUAAGCAUUGUUUUAAAGAUGCCUUCAACACAGUAUCUCAUGGGUCUUUACUUCUGGCACCAUCUCCCUUGGCUCAUUGGGAGCUUUGGAGUUUUAUUUCUAGACAUUCUUAUAACUGCACAAUUUAUUAAGUAUUAUAAGUGGAACAAGAGAAGACCCAGCUUGGUGGCCCUGGAAGUGGAACCCUUGCUCAUAAAUGAAGAUUCCUGACAUCUAUAUUUUGUCAGUGCUACAUUCCAAUUUAUUAGAUUGGAUUCAGAGUAGAACCAUUGGUUUUUUGAUUGAUCUACUCUACAUAUGAUUAAGCCUACAUUCAACCUAGUGUUUUGAUUCUGAAGUCUUGAAGAAUUUUCAGAUGCGAAGGGUGAUACCCAUUAGUGAUUCAACCUAUUUCCCAGUUCCUUGUACUUGGACAGAUGGUAUUACAAAAGAAAAAAGAGCUAAAAACUGUAGCAGCAUCUUCAAUGUCUGAGUUGGAUGUACCCAGUGUGAGAAAAUAUAUGUCAAUUAUUGCAAAAUCGGUUACAAGGUUACACAUCCUGUUUUAUUUACCUUUUAAACUACAUAUUCCUUAUAACAGUUUGAGGAUAAAUUAUUUAUAUGCCAGUGAUUUCAUAGGUUUAGUCAACACUGUGCUUAUUUCAGUGUGUUCCCUGUUGUUUGGUUUGCUCCUGCUUGAACCAGAAAGGAAGAGAAAGUAUCAUGACAUCACUACAUUUCACAUCAUCAAUGGAAUUUUAAAUGUUUGGAAUCUUACUACUCUUGUCCAGUUUUUACAUCAAUCAUACAGAAUGAUUUUUAAAUGCAUAUCUGCAGUUCACAGUGAUAAUGUACUAGCAGUCUGGUCAGAAUCUGAAAUAUGAAUAAAGCAGUGGUGAGAA